AGAUCGCAAAGCAUCUGGAAUUCCGCCCUCCAUUUAUGUACCAGAGUGUAGAGUAUCUGAAAAAAUGGCCGUAAAUCCCCGCACGAUGAUCGACGUGCUGCAGUAUUGUAUAAGUGGCGUCUGUUCACUGGCUAUGCUCGAAAAUCUCCUAGCGAUUGCAGUGUUUGCUGGGACCAAAAAGCUCCGCAUCAAGUAUUACGCCUUCGUGUUCAACCUGGCGCUGGCCGACUUGAUCUUCUCCGUCUUAUCCAUAUCAUAUCCUUGGCAGCCGACAAAAGACGUUUUCAACGGCCUUGUCACCGGAGCUUACAUAGUCUCCAUUUUGACUAUUCUGGCCGUUGCGGUCAAUCGUUAUCUGACCCUGUCCCUCAUGCCACCGGCUCGCUACGAUUCACUGGUGACUAUGUAUCGCUUGAUUGGGGUUUGUAUCAUUUUGUGGUGUUCAAGUCUCGUGUAUGGCUUGGUGAUUUAUAACGCUGUCCCAAGAUGGGUUUUGUAUGGGGUACACGAAUUUGGAGGCUCAUUGGCAGGGUGCAUCGUGUGGCUUAUCACCGCUCUUGUUUAUUACUUGGCUUUCCGUAAGAUCAAGCAUUACACUCCACCUCUUGCAUCCGCGGCAGGCAUCAGUGCCAACGAGGAGCGAGAUCAAACCCGAGUCCAGCAGACUCGUCGUUUAUUGGUCAUGUUUGUUCUCAUUCUGGUGGUGUCAUUUGUUUCUUGGGCUCCUGCUUUCGCGCUGAGGAUGUAUGUAUUUUUUAAUCCCUCUCUAAUGCAGGAUGGAGUCUUCGUGGCGUGGGUUUGGGGGACUUACUUGCUGUAUACUCUCUCUACCUUGAUCAAUCCGUUGAUAUACUUGUGGCGAUUGGAUGGUUUCAGGGAGGGUUUUUAUGCCAUGUUCUGUCGUUGUGUCAUUAAGGCAAAACCUAACCAAAUUGAAGCUGACCUGACUACUGAUGCAAAUACCCUUGCUGAGACUGGUUUGUAAAAGUAGAGGUUCAGUAUCACGGGAGGACUUUCAGAAUUUUAGUGCAAGUCCAACUUUGAGACAUCUUUCAGUUACAGCACAGAAGCAACCUAUUUUGUCUUCCAAGCUUUUCAUCCGUUAACCUAAGUUUUGCUUUACGCUAAAUUUUGAAGAAGACAAAACUAGGACAAAACAGUAGUAACGGGAAUUUUGCGUCAGAAAUUUGUGAUAACAAAUUGUAUAUUAUUACAAAGCGAGUAUAAUACAAUGUUUACUA